AUGUCAUCGACCUUGGGCAUGGGAAUGGAAGAGAGAGAAGGAAGUUGUGGCCAAGAUGAAUCAAGACACAACUUUUUGAAAUAUGGAGUGCCUCUUUACCAAGCUGCUAUGGAAGGUGACUGGGAGGCGGCAGACAUGAUUUUCAAGGAAGAUCCGAGGUGGAUAACAGCACCAAUCACAAAACGAAACGACACAACCCUCCUCAUUGCAGCAGCAGCCAAGCACCUUGAAUUUGUGACAAAACUUGUAGACUUAAUGAUUAAAGGAGGUGAUCUUCUAGAGUCACGAAACACUCUUGGAAAUACGGCCUUUUGCAUUGCAGCAUCAUCCGGAAAUGUAGAGAUAGCAAAGGUUAUGGUUAGGAAAAACCAACAACUGCCUGAUAUUAAAGGGAGUAAAAAUCUGACACCUCUUCAUAUGGCAAUUCUUCUUGGCCAUAAAGAGAUGGUCAAGUACCUGAUAGAGGUAACAGAUGACAGCCUUUUAAAAGAUGAGGAUCGCAUCGAACUGCUUACUAGUGCCAUAGAGGCUCACUUAUAUGAUGUGGCGCUUGGAUUUAUAAAUAAGCAUCCCCAUUUGGCAGUCCAUCGGAACAGGAAGGAUGAGACUGUUUUGCAUACUCUUGCUGCAAGGCAUUUACAAAGCCAUACUCCGAAACAAAGCUUAUGGGAAAAACUUCUAAGCCAAUGUACUAAAAUGCUCGGCAAAGAUGAGAAGGAACAGCAGCUGGGAUUUGCUCUUAAAGUGACUCAGAGAGCAUGGAAUGAGGUUAUUAAAGAAGAUGAAAAUGGGAUUUCUCAAUUGAUUGGACUUCCUUGGAGAUUAUUGUUUGUUGCAGCCGAAAUGGGAAAUGUUGAUUUCCUAACAACAUUGAUUCUUUCAUACCCUGAUGUGAUAUGGAAAAUUGAUGAUAAAAAUAGUAGUAUAUUUCAUGUUGCUGUUGUCUGUCGACACGAGGAGAUCUCCAAGCUCAUACAUGAGAUAGGAGCUAUUAAAGAUCUAAUCGCUUCUUACACAGACUAUGAACAUAAUAACAUGUUGCAUUUAGCUGCAAAGAUUGCACCUCCUGAUAGGCUCAACUGUGUCUCUGGUGCAGCUUUACAAAUGCAACGAGAGCUUUUAUGGUUUGAGGCUGUGCAAGACGAUGUACAACCGCAUUAUGCUGUGGCUAAAAAUAUAUCGAGAAAGACACCCCAAACUCUGUUCACGGAAGAGCACAACGAGUUACGACUACAAGGGGAACAAUGGAUGAAGAAGACAGCAGAAUCAUGUACUCUUAUUGCAACAGUUAUUGCAACGGUAAUUUUUACAGCGGCUUUCACCUUACCUGGUGGUAAUAAUGACAAGGAUGGAUCUCCAAUCCCACUAAAUAAAGCUUCUUUCAAGGUGUUUGUAAUAUCGAAUGCAGUUUCAUUGUUUGCAUCCUCAACUUCCAUUUUAAUGUUUCUAUCAAUCUUGACAUCGCGGUAUGCAGAAAAAGACUUUCUUAAGGUACUACCUUUCAAGCUCGUGGUUGGAUUAACAUCUUUAAUAGUAUCCAUCGCGGCUAUGAUGAUUGCUUUCACUGCUACAUUCUUUAUCACAUUUCAAAAGGGUUCGAUAUGGAUUCCUGCACCGAUUGCUCUACUGGCAGCUAUCCCAGUUAUGUUAUUUGGCUUUCAGCAAUAUCCUCUGUUAUGGGAUAUAUAUAGUUCAACUUAUCCUUCAUGGACCUUCUUUCAGCCAAGUAAAAAGCGAAAACUUUUAUGGAAGUCUAAAAGUCCCAAAACAAAAUUAAGUUAGAA